AUGUCCCAGCAAUCAUCAACUCAACAGGUUCAAGCUUCAACUCGCGGUCCAGCCAAACAGUCACUUCUAUACUUUCGACUCCUGCUAGCCAGCGGCCCAGAGCUUCUCGAUUAUGUGUUACUACUUGGAGGUGUAGUUUGUGGUAUUGGGGCUGGGGUGCCAUUCCCUUUGUUGGGAAUUCUGUUUGGUCAGUUGGUAGAUGGUCUCAAUGAAGCCUCCUGCUCUGCGACAGCAUCUGCAGAUACAUCAAAUUCCGUGUCCCAAAGCGUUGUCGACAAAGUUCUUUUAGUUGUGUAUGUCACCAUCGCUAAUUUCGCCUUCAUAUACAUACACACAGGAUGUUGGAGUAUACUGGGAGAACGACUUGUCAGACGACUACGGAAACAGUACUUGGACGUGCUCUUACGACAAGAAGUGGCCUUUUUCGACACUCUUCCGGCGGGGGAAGUGGCUUCCCGCCUUGAUGUCGAUCUCCAAACAAUUCAAACUGGGACGUCUGAGAAGGUGGGUAUUUGCAUCUCAAGCGUAUCUUAUUUGGUGGCAGCUUAUGUCGUGUCUUUCAUCAAAAGUGCAAAGCUUGCUGGAAUACUCAUGUGUCUUCUGCCAUCCUACCUCCUUAUGGCAUUGAUUGGAGGCCAUUUUACUCAGAAAUAUGCGAGCAGAGUGUCCGAUCAUGUUGCUGCGGCUACUGCUGUCGCUUCUGCUGGCCUUGCAAAUAUUCCAUUACUGCAGGCUUUCGGAGCAGGCUAUCGGUUGGAAGCAGUCUUCGCUAAACAUCUCGCAUCCUCUCAGAGUAGUGGGAUCAAGAAGGCAUUUGCUGCGUCGAUACAGCUCGGUGCCAUGUACUUUAUUGCAUAUUCAGGAAAUGCGUUGGCUUAUUGGCAAGGAAGUCGCCAAAUUGCUGAUGCAGUCAGCCGUGGUGGAUCAGGUACAACAGUUGGCGCGGUUUACACCGUGAUAUUUUUACUGAUAGAUUCAUCAUUUGUUAUUAGUCAAGUUGCCCCUUUUCUGUCCAUUUUUGGGUCGGCCGCGAGUGCUUACGAAAAGUUGGUUGCAACUAUAAAUCGAAACUCCAACAUUGAUGGGACCUCUGAAUCGCACGGGGGAGCACCCACAGACGUGGCUGGAGACAUUGAGUUUCGUAACGUCUCAUUCUCUUACCCAUCUCGUCCUGACGUCCCAGUCCUGCAAUCAUUUUCACUCACUAUUCCUGCUGGUAAACAAACCGCUCUGGUAGGACUUUCGGGAAGCGGCAAGUCAACUGUUGCUGCCCUUGUUCAGCGCCUUUACGACCCGGAUUCUGGUGAUGUAUACCUUGAUAGCCAUAAUUUACGAGACUUGAAUGUUCGACAUCUCAGGGGUCUUGUGGGCACAGUUUCUCAAGAUUCCACCCUCUUUGAUCGAUCCAUUCUUGAGAAUAUCGCAUAUGGACUGGUAAAUUCACCUUCAGAAAAACACGGGAGUCUCCAAGAUGCGUUGCUUGACUCUAGCCUGCCAGAUCUGACAGCGGCUAUCCGAAGCGGAGCAAACAUUGACACCGCUGUGGCCGCCAGUCCUCCACCAGUUCAACAAAUUGUCCGGUUGGUUCGUGAUGCUGCAAAAGACGCGGAUGCCAUUUCUUUCAUAGAUCGCCUCGAACAUGAUUUUGCAACAAUGGCAGGCCCUGGUGGGAAACGGAUCAGUGGAGGUCAGAAACAGAGAGUGGCGCUCGCGCGGGCGUUGGUCAGGAGUCCUAGCAUUCUUUUACUUGACGAGGCAACGGCCUCGCUCGACUCCGCUAGUGAACGUCUUAUACAGCAAGCGUUAGACAGAGUCGCAAUCGGACGUACUACCAUAACAAUCGCCCAUCGACUCUCGACCGUGAAAACCGCCCAAAAUAUUGUUGUGAUGGGACCGGGUGAGAUCUUAGAGCAAGGAACCUACGGCGAGCUCAUUGCAAAAGAUGGAGCCUUUGCUAGCAUGAUCCGUCUUCAAAGUUUACAAGCGACUUCUGGGUCUGCCACGGAUAGCGAUUUGCAGAUUCUUCCCGCCGAAGCAGUAGAAUCCUCAAGACCAGUUCUCACUUCGGAAGAUCAAGUCUCUUCUGAGAAACUGUCUGCCGAUACUGCCCGCGGAAUAGAUAUCGAUACGGUACCGGCACCAGAAGAUCAGGAUACAGCUUCGAAGUCACUCAAACCACGGCGAUCAUUUAUUUCAACCUUUUUUGGCAUUGUUUCGCUGGCACGGCGUCACGUGUUUUUUCUACUUCUGGGAAUAUCUGCCGCAGUUAUAGUUGGAGGUUCUUAUUCCGGAGAAGCUGUCAUAUUUGGCCACACCAUCAGUAGUUUGAAUCCGUGUCGCGGGGCUGAUAACAUCCGGAGUAGCGGUCGGCUUUUUGGUCUACUGUUCUUCAUCUUGGCCAUUAUCGAGUUUGUCGCGAACAUUCUUAGCGCUUCCUCCUUUGGUCGGGUAGCUGAGAAACUUCUGUACUCUGUUCGUGUGCUUUCUCUCAAAUCACUGUUCACGCAAGACAUGUUUUGGCACGAAUCGGAGGGUCGAUCACCAGGAACCUUGAUCUCUUAUAUUAGUAGCGACGCAAAUUCCCUCAGCGGAAUUACUGGUGCAAUACUGGGGGUCAUGCUUUCAAUUGUUGUGAGUAUGACUGCCGGCAUUAUUCUAGCACACAUCGUUGCUUGGAAAAUAGCUAUCGUGCUUCUAGCCACUGUGCCCAUCCUUCUGGGAUCCGGAGUACUGCGUCUACGACUUCUUACGAAAUUUCACGAGCGACAUCAGAAGGCAUUUAGCCAGUCUGUGAGUCUGGCAACCGAGGCCGUGGAGUCAAUCAAAACGGUUGCCGUAUUCUCGUUGGAGGUCGAAAUUGCGAAUACAUUUGAUCGGUCAUUGAAAGCUCCCUAUAAAGAGACGCUGAAGACUGUGGCAUAUGGAAAUUUCUGGCUAGCGACAUGCUACAGUAUUGGAAAUCUGAUAUACGCACUAGCUUUCUGGUGGGGCACUAAGCAGGUUGUUGAAGGAGCAGCGAGCUCUAUUCAGUUUUUCACUGUUUUGCCUGCACUCCUGUUUAGCGCCCAGCUUUGUGGUCAACUCUUUUCGCUCGCGCCGGAUAUCUCCAAAGCAGGAGUUGCGGCUGCUCGUGUCCUUGACCUGAUUGAUCUUGGUCCAGAAAAGAAAUUACAUCUUGCGUCAGCGCGCGAUGAUCUUGAAUCAUCUAAAAGCUCAAUUGAGAAAAUGCCUCACAGAGGAGAUGGGAUGAGAGUCGGUUUUGUGAACGUGAAUUUCUCGUAUCCCGCUCGGCCUCACAUAGAAGUUCUACGGGGAUUGACCCUUUCUGUAUUACCUGGAAAGUUCAAUGCUUUAGUCGGUCCUAGCGGUGCUGGGAAGUCUACGAUCAUUGCUUUGGUGGAGAGAUUUUACUCGCCUGGCUCGGGCUUCGUCGAGAUAGAUGGUGUUGACACGUCUCGAAUCGACUCUGUCGCUUUCCGGGAUGAAAUAGCUCUGGUGCCCCAAAAGAGCGUACUUUUUGAUGGAACAGUCCGCUUCAACUUGACUCUCGGUGCGCGGCCUGGAUAUGAACCUACACUCGUGGAAGUGCAAGAGGCUUGCAAAGUGGCCAAUAUUCACGAAACCAUAGUAUCAUUGCCUGAAGGCUACGAUACUCCUUGCGGCUCCAAUGGUGAUCAGUUUUCAGGUGGCCAGAUGCAGCGGCUAUCAAUUGCACGAGCACUGCUUCGGAAGCCUCGACUCCUAUUGCUUGAUGAAACUACCAGUGCUCUCGACGCGGAAUCAGAAAGACUUUUCGAAGAGGCACUUGAAAAGGUGGCUACAGGAGUUACUGUUAUCGCAAUCGCACAUCGUUUGCACACCAUCCGCAAAGCAGAUCGUAUUUUCGUACUUGAGGAUGGGAGAUGUGUCAACCAAGGCACGCAUGAAGAGCUUUUGAGGAGUAACGCAUCUUAUCGAGACAACGCGACUCAUCAGACGUUGGAUCACUAA